CAAACGAUAUUUAGGACCCUGAUCCGUCUAAGCAAACGGACCCGCGGCUCUUCCUGUAAAGAUCAGAUGUGUGAUCAAACAGGGAAUUACUGUAGCGCCGCUUACUCCAAUAAUAUGCACGUUUUACAUCAAAACAACUCUACUACUUAGCUAUCAGUGUCUGUUUCUAAAAUGCCAGACUUCCACGUACAAGUGAAUUUCUUAAUAUUGUGGAACAGUGACGCACUCCUCCGAACGGAAGGCGAUAGCGACGUGUUCCAAAAGGACACUUUACACGUUUACAAAAUUUCUUGGAGAAGGAGGGAGCCUGCGGAGAAUCAUCUGAUCCAACUCCCUGCCAGACAAAGCAGAGAGCAGCGCUCCUCCACAGCACGUAGAGCUGCAAGGCUGCACCUUUAGAUCUGGGUAGAACAAGUCUUCUCACGAACCACUAAACACUAUAUCUCUGUUCAGAGGUUAUUUAAGAAUGGAGGCGCAGUUUGCUGUAGUUUUUCUCUGCGCUGCGGCAGUGCACGUAGGGUGUAUCCCGAGCCCGGUAGAGGACGUGGUCAUUGAGCGUUAUUACAUACCCAGAACAUGUGCCAGAGAAGUAGAAACAGAAGAUUUUGUUCGUUAUCACUAUAACGGAACCUUCCCGGACGGAAAGAAGUUCGACUCGAGUUAUGACCGCGGACCACCGCUGACGGCCCAGGUGGGACUGGGGAGGCUGAUCACAGGCAUCGACCGAGGAAUACUGGGCAUGUGUGUCAAUGAGCGCAGGAGAGUGACCAUCCCUCCCCAUCUGGCCUAUGGGAGCCUGGGGGCAGGGAGGGUGAUUCCACCCGACGCCACACUGGUGUUCGACCUCAUCCUGCUGGACCUCUGGAACUUGCAGGACGAGGUGGAGAUGCGCAUACUGAGGAAGCCCAAGAGCUGCCGGCGUGCCGCGCAGGCCUCUGACUUCAUCCGCUACCACUACAACGGCACGCUGCUGGACGGCAGCUCCUUCGAUUCCAGCUACAGAAGGAAGCAGACGUAUGACACCUACAUCGGGCAGGGUGACUUAAUCAAGGGGCUGGACGAGGGCCUACUGGGCAUGUGCGUGGGAGAGUGGAGGACUGUCAUUAUCCCCCCUUUUCUGGCCUACGGAGAACAGGGAUACGGUAAAAUGAUACCCUCCCAGGCCACCCUGGUGUUCGACGUUCUGCUCGUGGACGUGCACAACCCCAGCGAUGACGUUGUCGUGGAUGAGCAGGUGCUGCCCGUGUCCUGCGACCGCAAGUCAGCCGUGGGCGACUUCAUCCGCUACCACUACAACGGCACCUUCCUGGACGGCACCCCCUUCGACUCCAGCUACCAGCGCAACAGCACCUACAACAUCUACAUCGGCAUGGGCUAUGUGAUCCGGGGCAUGGACAAGGCUCUGCAGGGGGUGUGCAUGGGGGAGUGGCGGCGAAUCACUCUGCCUCCGCAUCUGGCUUAUGGAGAAAACGGCUCCGUUGACCUCAUCCCCGGCUCAGCUGUUCUCAUCUUUCACAUUCACAUCGUUGAUUUCCACAACCCCAAUGACCCUGUGGACAUCAAGGUGACGUACAAGCCCGACGUGUGCAACGUGACCAGUACUGCCAACGACCUGAUCCAGUACAACUACAACUGCUCGCUGCUGGACGGCACACUGGUCUACUCCUCGCACCACUAUGAGCGACCUCAAGAGACUCUCCUGGGGGCCAACAGGGUGAUCGCGGGGCUAGACGAGGGCCUGCGUGGCAUGUGCGUGGGUGAGAGGAGAAUGGUUAUCGUACCCCCACACCUUGCCCAUGGUGACCAUGAAGCACACGGUAUACCAGCGAGUGCGGUGCUCCACUUUGAGCUGGAAUUGAUAGGUCUACAGAAGGGGGUGCCAGAGGGCUACCUGUUUUAUUGGCUAGAGGACCCACCAGAGCCUCUCUUCCAGGCAAUGGAUUUGAACAAGGAUAAGGAGAUUCCCCUAGAAGAAUUCUCGGAAUUCAUCAAGAUGCAGGCAGCAAACGGCAAGGGUCGCUUGUGUCCCGGCCAGGACCCAGGCACCAUCAUCAAAGACAUGUUCGAUAACCAGGACCGCAAUAGGGACGGCAAGAUAGUGGUGGAAGAACUGGAGCUGACAGAGGAGGUGGACAAUGGGAAGGUCCAGCACGGGGAACUCUGAGGGACAAGGUGCAUGUGUGACCGCGAAAAGUACAUGGAACUAGAUGUAAACACUUUCCUAUGUUUCAUUGAACUUAUGCAGAUCUACCCGAUGAGUACAUGGAAUCACAAACCAGCUCACCUAAGAUCCAACGUCCUUUUCACUCUUAAGGAUUUAAAAUUAAUCAUUAAUCAAGAGAACAUGGAUGCAUCUUGAUGACUAAUCAUGAACUCCUCAGUGCUACAAAGCUUGAGGUAUUCAUAAUCACCAGCUAAGGCCUCCAAGACUUCCUCUUGGGGUUUGUUAAACUGUAAAAUAGACUGAACAAGGCUCUUUUGUGAGCUCCUUCAGAGGCCUUGGGAAGAGGGAGCCAUUGAGACUCUGAGGACCCCUCUUGAUCUGUUGUAUAUUAAUUAAGCCAAUACUGUUUCUGCAACCUCCUUCAAUGCCCCCCCCGAUUUUCAUGUUUGCCUAGAGUGCACAUUUUUUACCGUGCAUCAUCACUUCUCUUCCAGCCUAGGUUUCAGAUCUACCCAACAUAGAUGCGAAUUUUGGGAUUAGUGGGACUGAGACAUUUGAGGUUUAUAAUAUGACGCGCAAUAUAACAUUUCUUUCAGGUUCCUUGGCCUGUGUACUAUGUUCAGAAUACCUGAAAUCUUCCUUAGUUAGAAUCACCACAUCGUAUACCAUCUUUCCUGUAGACCCACAUGGAGUUUCUUUUCUCCUCCAUGUUCUUGCACUUCCGUGUUGGUCAUGAGCGAACACUGUAAAGUAUCUUUAUAUAAACACUGGAGUAAAGCAUUACAACGAAGCCCAACCCUUGGAUCAAACAUUUUAACAUUUUUAUUGUAUGGGAACAACCAAAACAUGCCAUCACACCACGCUUCAGUAGCUGUUAUCUUCUGAACAGACAAGCACAAAGCUGGAAGAUACAGUCCACAAUUGCUUAAAAACAAACCCUUAAUGUAGCAUCACACAUCAUACCUAUGACGGAAGCAGCUCCUGAUGGAAGGAUAGUGCAUUGACCCACCAUGACAGUCCCCUCCAUAAACCUCCCCUUCUCACAAAGACUUUAAAAUCCACAGGUGUGUCUGUUGCAUUCUGGACACCCAGAACAUCUGGUCUUAAGUUCAGCACACAGCCCUCUGCCCAGUAGGUUGCAUUAUACUCCCACAACAUCACUAUCUUUGCUAAAUAUGAACCAAAAAAAAAUCAUUAAAAUCAAUAUGAAAACCAA